UGAGAGGUGCCACCGCGGGAUUGGCAUGGUGCUGAGAGCAUUUUCGGAGCGUGCCUUUGAAAGUACAGUUGCCAUCGGACAGCCAAUUUCUCUUAUUUUCCUUGAUACUGAGGGCUUCGCAGCCACCAAUGUAUCAGAAAACUACGAUGCCAAAAUAUUUGCUAUUGCUACUCUGAUCAGUUCACACCUGAUUUAUAACUCUGUGAAGAUCAUUGACCAAAGUGAGAUAGAUUACCUGGAACUCUUGUCAAGGCGUACACAGCUUUUUGCCUUGAAGUCACAGUUGUCUCAAGCCAAGUGGAAAGGAGAGUUUGUUCAUGACCUGCUAAGCUUUCCUCCUUUGCUGUGGGUUGUACAAGACUUUGUGCAGACAACAGUAAACAAUGAAACACCCACACAGUGGCUUCACCGGUUAAUGGAGACGCAUACCAGGGAGAGUGAAGAAUACAAAAUCAGUCUAUUGGACCUGUUCAAGUCUUUGGAAUGCCACACCCUUUUUAUACCAGCUUUCAAGCGACCCCUUUUAACGGACUUGUCACUGGCAUCAGAAGAAGAUCUCACCGAGGAGUACAUUGAGGAGCGAAAUGCACUCACAAAGAAAUUGCGUGAGGUGUUGGUGCCAAAAACGAAAAAUGGCAAACCAAUCACAGGUCCUGAGCUUGCUGGCCUACUCCAAGUUCUUGUAGAUGCUGCAAAUGAAGGAUCUCUUGCUGACGUCCCGAGUCGGUGGAGUGCCUUUGUUGACCGCCUCAUGCACUCUGCAGAAGAUGAUUGUUUCCAGAUUUAUAUUAGUGACAUGAAUUCUCUACUUGAAAAACAUGACAAUGGUCCCAUUCAUGAUGACCUCUUGAUGGCCCAGCAUACAGAAGCAAAAAAUAUGACAUUCACGCUACUUCGACAGUUACUACAUGGUCUUCCAGAUGCCGUGAGCACUGCUAGUCACCAGUUAACAAAAAAGUUGGACAAUGACUUAGCUUUACGAAGAGAAAUGAACUCCAAAAGAAUUAAACUCUUCUGUACACGUGUGCAAAAUGAGUGUCUGCUGGAUGCUGAAGGCCGUUUGAAAAGUAUCCCUCUACCAACCACAAGUGCCGCUCUUGAAUCAAUCACAAGUCGCUACAUUGACAGCGUGCUGGAAGCAUUUGCUAAACAAAUAUCAGCACUUUUGCCUGAGGAAGGCAUUGCCAACUACACAAACUUAUUGAUGCGAUCCCUGAAGUUUUUGGUAGACUCAGUACAGCUGAAGAAUGAAAAGGCUAUGGAUAAUCUUUUUGAAAACUGCAUCGCCAAAGCCAAAGAUGUGAUAUCAUCUAAGGUAACUCUCACAAGUUUUUUAACUGAUGCGCAGUUUGAUCGGCUCAAGAAGGCUGGAAUUGAUGCAGCCUUUGCGGAGUUUGAUUUGGGAUGUGGAAAGUUCUCAACUGAAAAAGCUUAUGGACUACACGAAGCUAAGCUCAAGGUAUCCCUAUCAGAGUUUAUUGAGAAUAUCAAAAAUAAAAAUGAUCAUCUUGUGCAGCAGCACAUGGCCAAAACUAUCGACGCACUGGUUACUGUAUUUGAAAAAAAAACUGGAUCUGACUAUAUGCCCUUACCUAUAAACACCUCUGAACUUGACUUCAGCCUGGAGAGAGAAAAGUCAAACAUAGAAUCCCAGUUUGCAAUGGAUUUAGCUGAUUUUCAAUCUUCACCUCACUACGCACGCUUCUUCAAUGAACUUAUGUUACACUUAUCCAAGAAAUCAAAUGAGCGGCAUAAAGAGAAUGUAAAGGCAUUUGCUCAGGUUGUUAAUGGGCCACUGAGUAAAGCCCGCCAAAUUAUUCUUAUGUCUUCACAAAACUAUAGAACAGAGUUUAGUCUUCGUUCUUAUAUUAUGGAAGUUUGCCUUCUACACUUGGAAGAUGGAAAGGCGAAGCAUUGGCACGAAGACCUCAAGAGAAGCGUUAUUAGGGAUUUCAUGAAUGCGGACCCUGACCUUGUCAAGGCUUUGAGGGACGUUAAGGGAUUUUGGUCAAGCUUCCUGGGCUUCUUCCUGUGGUGCUUUUGGAUGUUAGGUAUUAAUCUGUAGAACUUUUAACUUAACUAGGCCCAUGGAAAGUACUACCCAUGUUUAAAAUUUAGUGUUACUAAUCAAAGUUAUGGUGUUCAAGUAAACUUUAAAAAUUUAGUGCCAAAGCUCCACUAACUGCAAGUGAAAAUUUUAGAAGGCCAAGAAAUGUUACAGUACAGCCUGGGCAUAUUUUUUUUAACAAAUAAUUUAUUACAGGGCACAGGUGAAAGCCCUUUCAUCACAUUUUACAUUUUUAUUUUUUCCAACAACUUCUCUGUUACGUAGUCAUUUAUUUCGUGCAAAGCUUAAAUAAAUCUCCUGUUUAUUCA